UGAACGUGGUGUAAACAAAGGCUACACACUGGCGGGUGCGCGCGUUUUAGGGGCGCCCGUGCCAAAUGUGGCUAUGCCCUUUAUCGACGAUGAUCUGCUAUGGUGUCCUGACAACGAUGGUCGCAUGGUUGAUUUAUCUUCCUGUCUACAGGAAGGGGCAGUCCCAAAUCAACCCAAUGCAGAAAUGGGGGCAUGCGAGUUAUUGGGACCACUUGAUGAUGGCGAUGAUAUAUUUCGCCAACUUGGCGAUUCUGCAUUUGAACUUGAUCAUUUUUUUACGGAGUUCACGGCCACUGAAAUUAAGGAGGAAAAUAAUAACAUCACUGGUCAAAAUCACCAGAUGUCCGAACACCACCAUCACCAGGCUCCACAAAACUCCCAUUGUGUGAAUUUGGAUCAACAUCAUCACAACAACAACCAUCACAGCAAUGGGUUGAUGAGCAACAACAAUAAUAAUAGUGCUAAUACUAAUAACAAUAACGGACAUAUACAACAAUCUCAGCAACAAAAUCCUCAUAAUCCGUUGUUGAUCAACGGUCAUAAAACAGCGCCUUCGGGAACCGGCUCUAUCUUACGGCAAACGAUAGCCAAUUGCGCGAACGGUUUGAAAUACGGCUCCGGCGCGAUCGCGAAUGCAAACCCGUUGCUCGCGGGGAAACUACUAACACCGCACGUCGGUGGCAAUGAUCAGCAUUGAUACAGAGUUGCCAAUUCACCCGCUUUCCACCGGUUCUCCUUCACCGCCGCCUGUGUCAGCGCACCAUCACAAUGGUGGUUUGAGUUUACACAGCAACCACCAUCCGCAGACUGGUCACCAUUCGUCUGCGGCGAAUGGCAUCUCUCAUCAUCAGCAACACCCGCAACAUCAGCAUGCUGGGUCAUCAGCAGCGCUGCAUCAUGGACAACCAGGUCACCACACAGGACGGGCGGCUUUGCUGCAUAAUAUACUAAGUGCGGCGGCUUUAGGACAGCACGCACUUAGGCCGUAUAGCACGGGGUCCACAGGGUCUUUGCCUCCUAGUCCGGCGGACAGUGGUGUCUCGGACGUGGAUUCAAGUAGUUCGGGCGGUGGUGGACAAGGUGGUGUUAUAGCCCCACCACCCCCAGGGGCACACAGUGAAGAACUAAAAGCCAGACUAGCACCUUCCUCCCAUCAAGCACUGCCAGCCCAUUCCCAAAACGGACAUGGAUUAGUAACAUCUCCUACAGGAUCUCAUCAUCAUUCACUACAAGGAGCAUUUUUACCACCUCAGUUUUACCAUCACGCUCCACCCGUUAGAGGUUACCAUUACCAGAGGUCAACGUCACAAUUAGCAGAUACUUACACAUCAUAUCUGCAGCAAGUACAGCAACAUGUGGCGGCAGGUUCAUCAGGUCUGCAACAGCAACAGCAGCAACAACAACAACAACAAUCAAGUGCUUCGCAGCAUCACCAACAGCACCAAUCACAGAAUGGCUAUCAUCAUCUUACGUCGCCCUCCACAAACCAGAAUGGUGGUGCAGGGAACCACUUUGCACAACCGUGCCCUCCAUCUUCUCGUCUUAAUCCCCAUCACCAUUUGCAACAUUUGCAUCAUCAUCCCGUACUACAGCAGGCUGCAACAAGCAGCAGUAAUGAUGAUUUUUAUAUGUUAGAUCUUGGUUUUCCUGCCCGCAAUAAAUUGAAGAAGCUUAAGAAACCAAGAAAUGAUCUCAUCCAAACUGCAACAAGCACCGGUGUGAAACGCAAAAGUCGCGAAGGUUCCACAACAUACCUUUGGGAAUUCCUACUGAAAUUACUCCAAGAUAGGGAAUAUUGUCCGAGGUAUAUUAAGUGGACAAAUCGAGAAAAGGUAGCAGAUACUUACACAUCAUAUCUGCAGCAAGUACAGCAACAUGUGGCGGCAGGUUCAUCAGGUCUGCAACAGCAACAGCAGCAACAACAACAACAACAAUCAAGUGCUUCGCAGCAUCACCAACAGCACCAAUCACAGAAUGGCUAUCAUCAUCUUACGUCGCCCUCCACAAACCAGAAUGGUGGUGCAGGGAACCACUUUGCACAACCGUGCCCUCCAUCUUCUCGUCUUAAUCCCCAACAGCAGGCUGCAACAAGCAGCAGUAAUGAUGAUUUUUAUAUGUUAGAUCUGGUUUUUCCUGCCCGCAAUAAAUUGAAGAAGCUAAGAAACCAAGAAAUGACUCAUCCAAACUGCAACAAGCACCAGUGUGUGCGAAACUGCGAAAAAAGUCGCGAAGGUUCCACAACAUACCUUUGGGAAUUCCUACUGAAAUUACUCCAAGAUAGGGAAUAUUGUCCGAGGUAUAUUAAGUGGACAAAUCGAGAAAAGGGUGUUUUUAAACUUGUAGAUUCUAAGGCGGUUUCAAGACUUUGGGGUUUGCAUAAAAAUAAACCUGACAUGAAUUAUGAGACCAUGGGCAGGGCUCUAAGGUAUUAUUAUCAAAGGGGGAUUCUGGCAAAGGUUGAUGGACAAAGAUUGGUUUAUCAGUUUGUUGAUGUUCCAAAAGACAUUGUUGAAAUUGAUUGUGCUGGAGCAUAAAUUCAAUUAUCAUUAGUGUUAGUGUACAAACUUUUAAAGCAAGAAAUAUAUCACAAUACAUUUUCAUAUAAAGUACAAUAUACUUAACAAUCUUAAACAUGCCGAAAAAUUUCCU